AUGCAUGUCGGGAGUAACGCAUUGAGAGCUGCUGUGGUGGUAGCUUUGGCUGCAACUGCUAGCGCAUCACUAGGCGACCGCUUGCCAGAUUUCAAAGAAUGCGUCAAGCGUCACAGNACAUGUAGAGCGACAAAUUGCUCGCCCGGCGGCCCAGCGAUCUAUCAGAGGACACGCAAGAACCGUGGAACAACAGAAGCUCAUAUCGGACCAGCACUCCAGCAUCGCCUUCUGCUCUGGGACUGUCCCUCCGAAUGCGACUAUUCCUGCCAACACGUCGUCACCGACAAACGGCUCGCCCGCGAACCUCCCUACCGAGAACCCAUACUUCAGUUUCACGGCAAAUGGCCCUUNUACCGUUUCCUCGGCAUGCAAGAGCCAUUCUCUGUCAUCUUUUCGCUGCUCAACUUUCUGGCUCAUGACCAUGGUAUGAAAGUGCUGCGCGAAAAAGUACCAGCAAGUUAUCCACUCAGGAAGUUCUACUUAGGCUUCGGAUACUUUGGUCUCGCGAGCUGGAUCUUCAGUUGUAUAUUCCACACAAGGGAUUUCUCCAUCACGGAAAAGUUGGACUACUUUGGUGCUGGCGCUUCUGUCAUGUAUGGCAUGUUCCUCUCUGUGGUGAGAGUCUUCCGCCUGGAUAAGGAUACACCCAAACGCUCUAGUGUUCUUAGAGCUUGGAUCUUGCUGUGUAUCACGCUGUACCUGGCGCACGUCUCUUACCUCUCUUUCUGGCGCUUCGACUAUACAUAUAACAUGGCUGCCAAUGUCGUGGUGGGUAUCGUCCAAAACCUCAUCUGGAGUUGGUUCAGUAUCAGCAGAUACCAAAAGACGAAAAGAAUGUGGGCGGCUUGGCCUGGUUUGAUCGUCGCAUGGGUUAUACUGGCCAUGAGUUUGGAGCUGUUUGAUUUCCCACCUUGGUGGGGUGCGGUGGAUGCGCAUAGUCUGUGGCAUUUGAUGACUGUGUUCCCAACGCUCUGGUGGUAUAGCUUCUUGAUCAAAGAUGCGCAGGAGGAUCUGCAGGGCCUUCGUCUCAAGGCGUAG